AUGUUCGUCAUGGGUGUGAACCAUGAGAAGUAUGACAACAACCUCAAGAUUGUCGGCAAUGCCUCCUGCACCACCAACUGCUUAGCACCCCUGGCCAAGGUCAUCCAUGACAACUUUGGUAUCGUGGAAGGACUCAUGACCACAGUCCAUGCCAUCACUGCCACCCAGAAGACUGUGGAUGGCCCCUCUGGGAAACUGUGGCGUGAUGGCCACGGGGCUCUCCAGAACAUCAUCCCUGCCUCUACUGGUGCUGCGAAGGCUAUGGGCAAGGUCAUCCCUGAGCUGAACGGGAAGCUCACUGGCAUGGCCUUCUGUGUCCCCACUGCCGUGUCAGUGGUGGACCUGACCUGCCGUCUGGAAAAACCUGCCAAAUAUGAUGACACCAAGAAGGUGGUAAAGCAGGCAUCGGAGGGCCCACUCAAGGGCAUCCUGGGCUACACUGAGCACCAGGUGGUCUCCUCCGACUUCAACAGCGACACCCACUCUUCCACCUUCAAUGCUGGGGCUGUCAUUGCCCUCAACAACCACUUUUUCAAGCUCAUUUCCUGGUAUGACAAUGAAUUUGGCUACAGCAACAGGGUGGUGGACCUCAUGGCCCACAUGGUCUCCAAGGAGUAA